UGGUUCCCGGGGUUCAGGUUGCCUUGGGGAGGCGGGGAGAUCGCAGCCCCGCAACCCAGGCUGACCGUCCCGGUGUCCUGGCGCCCGGCCGAGUGUGCGGGGCCCCGCUGUGGACCCUCAGGGCCUCCAACCCAAGUCUUGACUGCCCACGGGGUCUAGCCCUCACCCUCCCAGCUACGGUCACUAGGCUGGGGGCAUUUCUUGGGGUUCUCACCGCCCUAGCCUCGAAGCCAGUAGCCUUGAUAUAGCAUCAGCCAGGUGCUCCCAUCUCUGUAGGGACAGGGGACCAGAGCGUGCGUGGGUCCUCCGCAGCCACCGAUGUCUCUGCAGGGUGGGCUUGGCCGCGGUGCCCUCCCCACCCUCGGGAGGAGGGCCCAGCGAUGCGCUGUGACCGUGCCGCCUCCAUGUGGCUGCUGACGGACCCAGGGGGGGAGCAGGCAUGGGGCGCGGCCGCGCCUCCCUCCCACCCCUCCUCGCGGACGGACUGCUGGCUAGGCUAUGAGCAGACGUGAGGGGCCAGCCGCCCGCCCGGCUCUGCAGGACGCUGCUUGGCUCCCGCGCGUCGGUCCCACAGCGCCCAGAGCAGGAGCGGCUGUGCGCGGGGCUCCGAGGCCGGGCGGGCGAGCGCAAGCCCCUAGCUUCGCUAUGGGGCACAACAACAGCUGGGUGUCGCUUAACACCAGCCACCCGCGCAACACGUCGGGCGCUGAGGCUGGCGCCAACCGCAGCGCCCUCGGGGAGCUGAGCGAAGCGCAUCUGUACCGCCAGUUCACAAUCACCGUGCAGGUCAUCAUCUUCAUCGGUUCGCUGCUCGGAAACUUCAUGGUGUUAUGGUCAACAUGCCGCACAACCGUGUUCAAAUCUGUCACCAACAGGUUCAUUAAAAACCUGGCCUGCUCUGGGAUUUGUGCUAGCCUGGUCUGCGUGCCCUUCGACAUCAUCCUUAGCGCCAGCCCUCAGUGCUGCUGGUGGAUCUACACUAUGUUCUUCUGCAAGGUUGUCAAAUUCCUGCACAAAGUCUUCUGCUCUGUAACCAUCCUCAGUUUCCCUGCCAUUGCCCUGGACAGGUACUACUCAGUCCUCUAUCCUCUGGAGAGAAAAAUAUCUGAUGCCAGGUCUCGGGAACUGGUGAUGUACAUCUGGGCGCAUGCAGUGGUGGCCAGUGUCCCUGUGUUUGCUGUGACCAAUGUAGCCGACAUCUAUGCUAUGUCCACCUGCACGGAAGUCUGGAGCAACUCCUUGGGCCACCUGGUGUAUGUUCUGCUCUACAAUGUCACCACAGUCAUUGUGCCUGUGGCUGUGGUAUUCCUCUUCCUAAUCCUGAUCCGGAGGGCCCUGAGUGCCAGCCAGAAGAAGAAAGUCAUCAUUGCUGCCCUGCGGACCCCACAGAACACCAUCUCCAUCCCCUAUGCGUCCCAACGGGAGGCUGAGCUACAUGCCACCCUGCUCUCCAUGGUGACAGUCUUCAUCCUCUGCAGCGUACCCUAUGCCACCCUGGUUGUCUACCAGACUGUGCUCAAUGUCCCUAACACUUCCGUCUUCUUGCUCCUUACUGCCAUUUGGCUGCCCAAAGUCUCCCUGUUGGCCAACCCUGUGCUCUUCCUAACGGUGAACAAAUCAGUCCGGAAGUGCUUGGUUGGGACCCUGGUGCAGCUGCACCACCGAUACAGUCGCCGCAAUGUGGUUAGCACUGGGGGUGGGGUGGCUGAGGCCAGCCUGGAGCCGAGCAUGCGCUCUGGCAGCCAGCUCUUGGAGAUGUUCCACAUUGGGCAGCAGCAGAUCUUUAAGCCCUCCGAGGACGAGGAAGAGAGUGAGGCCAAGUAUCUUGGCUCAGCGGAUUUCCAGGCCAAGGAGGGACUCGCCUCCUGUUCUGAGGGAGAGCAGGAGCCACAGCCCGCAGCCUCUGUAACGCCUCCAGGCACGGUGGACUCUGUAUCUCAGGAGGCCCCGAUAGCCCCUGUGGAACAUGGGGUAUUCCCUGAUAAAUAUUCUCUGCAGUUUGGCUUCGGGCCUUUCGAGUUGCCCCCUCAGUGGCUCUCUGAGACCCGACAUAGCAAGAAGAGGCUGCUCCCCCCCCUGGGCAACACCCCAGAGGAGCUGAUCCAGACAAAGGUGCCCAAAGUAGGCAGGGUGGAGCGGAAGAUGAGCAGAAACAAUAAAGUUAGCAUUUUUCCAAAGGUAGACUCCUAGCAAGGAUUGUAAGUGCCUGGGAACCACAGGGAGCUUGUAAGUCCCUGCCCUCCCUUCACUCCGGCUGCAAGCCACUGUGGGGGUGAUUCUUCCUGUAUGGGGCAAAAGGGAAGUUUACAUAAAAUCCAGUGUCCUCUUUGUUGAGGGAGUAUAUAUCUACCCAUCUAUCUUAGUGAUCUGUGUCCUUAGUCAAACCCCAUUGUAAGCUGGGCAAUAUGGAACAGGUCUGAGGGUCCUUCAUCCAUAUUUUCCAGGGGACUCCUCCUUUCCCUGUGCAUAGCAGAGAACCCAAGAGAAGCAGGUACUCCGAGGAGGCCUAGAUAAUUAUGGGCUGCAAUAGCCACAAAGGUGAAGUUGAUUUUUUUUAAUUUUGUUUUAUUUUUUUAUUUUGAGACUGGGCUUCUCUAUGUAUCGCUAGCUGGCCUGGAACUCACUAUAUAGACCAGGCUGGCCUCGAACUCAGAGAUCCCCCUGCUUCUGCCUCCUGAGUGCUGGGAUUAAAAGUCUGUGCCACCAUGUCCAGUGAAGAAGCCUGUCUGGGUAACUAAAUAGGAAUAACAAAUAGGAAAGGUUUCUGUCCUGCGAGGCCAUAGCCACGGUGCCCAGGGGUGUUCCUGAGUCAGUCAUCCGACUCCUGUGUCCCUGGAGCUUUCAUCCGGGUUUCUGGGUCAUAAAGUGUGUGUGUGUGGGGUGGCUGGUUCCACCUUAUGACAGACAUGGCAAUGUCUGAGAGAGGCUGUUUGUCCUUGAUUAUCUUUGCACCCUGUGGGCAUCACCAAGGUCUCCAACAGUUGUACCCUGCUUCCACCAGUCACCAGCAGCGCUAGCUAGAAAACACUGCCAACCCUUCGCUGUGGCUUUUGCUUUAGACUGUAUUGGAUCAGCAACCUGGAGGGAAGAUUUGCGCUGGGGAAGACAGGCUGAGAAAUGCCCAUGAGGCACAGUCUUCUUUUCUUCCACACCAUCUAGUACAAAAGACCAGAGUCUUAUAGUGGGAUAUCUGGCUGGCUGCAAGGGCGAAGUAACGUAGGCAGAUGUUUGGAAUUAAAAGGUGCUGAAGAAAUGCAGGUGACAUGUACUGGGUUCUCUGGUGCCAUUAAGGUAAAAAUACUCGAUUAGGACUUGCUAGUCUGACACAGAGAACAGGCCAGCCCUCCAGUCUUGUUAUCAGUGUGUUGUAUGACUCUGGUCUCCACAGAAGAUAAACAGAGUAGGGAGAAAUAAUAAUUGCGAAAUGCUAAAGCAAUGCCCACCCUGGAGCACCGCCUGCCUCCCAGUGGUUUCGUAUGAACCGCGGUGGGAAGGAAAGAGCUCUCUUCUCAGCAGCUCUGUGACCUGGUUCUUGUGUGUAAUCCACCAUGAGACUGAUCUCCUGGGCUGAAUUCAGACCCAACCCUUCCCCCUGAUAUCCAGUGGAUGUCUCUGCCUUCUUCUAGGAUGCUUUGCUCUUGUUCAUGGUACUUGGUGGAGUCAGUAGGGUGCCUUGAAUAUCCACUCACUGGCAGACUUCCGCAUCUCAAAGGCAGUGGUCCUAGCAAUGUCUGUUUUAGCCAUGCUGGCCCUUGUCCCCUAGGAGGAAGUUCAGUCCGUGUGUAGGGAGUCUCCUUUUUUUCUCUGUGAUGCCCUGUGCUUCCCGAGUGUGAACCCAAAUCCCUUCUCCUUGGAGAGGAAAGGCCUUCCCCAUCUCCUCAUCUGUGUUUGUCACCCCACAGACUUGUUUGCUCACAGCAGAAACAGGGGACUGGCACCCCUCUUGAGGCUCUGCUGCCCCCUGGGCCCUGUGUGCAUGCCACCUGUCGCUCUCGGCCCUGAUACGUGUUAAUACUGUGGCCCUUCAAGCUCAUACUUUGAAGCCUUCUUAAUUGUUUCAGCUUUUCUGAAGGGGAAAAAGAAUCUGUCAGAAAAUUCUCUGUACCCGAGAAGAAGCUGUCAAAUGUACUCAUCAUGUUGGUGUCACCCUGACAAUGCGUAUGUACGACCUAAUCCGCUCGCAGCAGCAGAGUUUGGUUAGCUGUUUCUUGUGGUGUGUUUGAAAGGGAAGGCUGAUGUCUACUAGGUUGUCACCAAGUGUAUUUCUAUACUCUGUGAAGAAUAACAUUUUAAUA